UGGGGUGACGCCACCCACCUGUGACCCCCCCGAGACCCCCGGUCCCCCCAUUUUUCGGGGCCACCAUGCAGGAGAACUACGAGAACGUGAUUUCCUUGGCGGAGGAGAUCGCCAUCAGCUGGCCCCGCAUCACCGCCUUCGCCGAGUCCCACCGGAGGCGAGGGCUGGUGUCGGGCGUGGAAGCAGAGGGUGAGCAGGGUCAACCGGAACCCACCCAGAUCCAACCUUCGGCGGGGGCCGGCUCCAGCGAUGGGGGGGUGAACCCCGAUUUACGCCGUCAGUUGGGCCUGAUCCUGCAAACGGCCGGCAGGAGCCAAGUGGAGAAGAUGUUGCGGGAGCUGGUGCGGGAGCAGGGGCAGGGGGGGAAGCGCCGGAGCCGCAAGAAAACACCCAAGGAUGGAGGUGCCGGCGCCGGGAGCGGGACGGAGGAGGAUUCAGCACUGCGGGACGGCGAGGAGACGGCGCUGGAGGAUGCCGAUCAGCACCAAAGCGGGGGUCAGGCAGGUGAAACCCCUGCCGCCGGUAAAGGGAACGCGGGCAAGAAGGGCGGCGCGGCAUCGCCGGCAUCCCGGGGUGGUUGUGCCGAAUGCGGGAUGCGGAACCGGUCGCAGAGUCCGGUAAAGCCGCGGCGGUGCACCGAGUGCGGGCGGCGAUGUCGGCAAUCGGCCCGGCAGCCGGAGCGCGGUGGGGAGAAGCCGCACCGGUGCGGUGACUGUGGCAAAGGCUUCAGCCGAGGGUCCAACCUUGCCCAGCACCGGCGUAUCCACACUGGUGAACGGCCUCACCGUUGUGGUGAUUGCGGCAAAGGCUUCAUCCAGCGCUCCGACCUGGAGCGGCACCGGCGGAUUCACACUGGCGAACGGCCGUACCCUUGCGGCGACUGUGGCAAACGAUUCAGCGUCAGCUCCCACCUCGACCGGCAUCGCCGUACCCAUGCCGGUGGACCCGGUCCACCCGCCCAACCCCGUGCCCGUCCUCGACCGCCUCCACCGGAGGGGUCACCGGCUCCUCACCGCUGCCCCGAAUGCGGUAAGAGCUUCGCCCAACGCUCCGCUUUAGCCAAACACCGUAAGACCCACAGCGGCGAACGGCCUCACCGCUGUGGCGAUUGCGGUAAGAGCUUCAGCCGAGGCUCCAACCUUACCCAACACCGGCGCAUCCAUACCGGCGAACGGCCGUUUGCUUGCGGCGACUGCGGCAAAAGUUUCAUCCAACGCUCCGACCUGGAACGGCAUCAACGGGUACACACUGGCGAACGACCCUAUACCUGUGCCGAAUGCGGUAAGAGCUUCAGCGUCAGCUCCCACCUCGACCGGCACCAGAAGAUCCACGCGGCCGAACGGGCAUCCUACCGUUGCCCCGAACAUCUAGCCGGCUUCUUGGCCGCUCACCGACACGGUCGCCUCUUCCAAUGCGCCCAAUGCGGGCGAUGUUUCAGUCAAGGCGCCGCGUUGCUCAAGCAUCAACGUGCCCACGGUGCCGGAGGAACCGGGGGGCAGCCCCCCAAGUGCCCGGAUUGUGGGAAGAACCGGGGUGGCACGGUAGGGUUACGUCCCCGCGGUCAGCAAUGUAUGGAUUGCGGGAGGGAAUCGGAUACCGGCGACAGUGAAACGGCACCGGCGGUACCGCCGGAGAAACCCUAUAAGUGCGGGGAAUGCGGGAAGGGUUUUGGGCAACGUUCGGCGCUGGUUAAACACCGGCGUAUCCAUACCGGAGAGAAACCCUACGCCUGCGGGGAUUGCGGGAAGGGUUUCAUCCAGAAGUCGGACCUGACCAUCCAUUCGCAGAGCAGCUCCAACCCAGACACAAGCAUGCACAGACCAACACUGCACACAAACAAGACAAACGGCAUGACCCAGAGACAUAAAAAAGCUCUAAGAAGAAUGACUCCUGGAUGA